AUGGACCAGAGCAAACCCUCCUAUCUCAUUGUUGGCGCUGGUGUGUUUGGUGUGUCUACCGCCUAUCACCUUAUCAAGAAGUACCCCGAUGCAUCCGUGACCCUGGUCGACAAGGAUGCAUUCGACGCCGAUGAGCGCGUGGCCGCCUCAUGGGACUGGAAUAAGGUGGUCCGCGCCGACUACGACGACUUUACCUACUGUCAGCUAGCCCUGGAGGCCCAAGACACUUUCAAGAACGACCCUCUCUGGCAGCCCUAUUUCCACCAAACGGGUGUUUACUGGAUCUGCCGAAGCGACUACGCCCAGAAUGUUAUAGACCAUCACAAGAAGCUCGGCCGCAAAGACGAUAUUAUUGCUCUGCCCAUCUCUGAAGCUCGGAAAUUGUAUAAUGGUCUUUUCGAAGAUGCUGACUACUCUGGCGCCAAAGAAGUUCUCGUCAACCGUGCGAGCGGAUGGGCGGCUGCUGGCGACUGCUUAAGAGCUGUCACUCGCGAAUCUAUCAAAUUAGGCGUCAAGUAUGUGACGGCUGAAACUGCUUCUCUGGAAUUUGACCGGCGUGGCAACUGCACAGGUAUCAAGACGACUACAGGAGAAAUUCUGACCGCGGAACACACUAUUCUCUCCACGGGAGCUUACACGCCAAAGUUGCUGGAGUUGAGUGCCGCAAAGAGCGGCCUAAGCAACCUCCGAGCCGGUGACCGCAUUCUGGCUGCUGGAAUCACCACUGGCAUGGCGGAGCUUGACGAAGAGGAGUACAAAAAGUAUGCCGACAUGCCCGUCGGGUUCCAGGGGUACACAGGACAUGGAAAGCCCUUUAUCGGAAGCAUUCCGCCAACGAAGGACAGAGAACUCAAGUGGUGGGGAUCCAAGAUCUUCUCAAACACCAAAGAAAUCCUGCCUGGUCGCCACGUCUCAGCGCCUCCACCGGCGAAAGAUUACAGUCAGUGGAAGGUGUCCCGGCAGCUCAAGGAAGAUAUCGCUGAGCAGCGUAAUCUGUGGUAUGGGAAGAAGAGCGCAAACUGGAAGAUGACCAAGCACCGGAUCUGCUGGGAUGCCUUCACAACUAGCUCCGACUUCAUCAUCUCUCCGCACUCGGCGGCCAAGGGUCUGUAUCUCGCCACGUGUGGCUCGUUCCACGGCUUCAAGUUCUUCCCUGUGCUUGGCAAGUAUGUGAUCCAGAUGCUCGAAGACUCGUUGUCGCCAGAGCUCAAGACGAGAUGGGCGUGGGACCGUGAGCGCCCGGAUCAUCUCCAGAACCCAGAGUAUCCCAACUCUGAAUUAACCGACCUUGUGGACCCGGUAGCAAGGGCCGUGAGAUUCGUCAAUGACAUGCCGCCAGAGGAGGGCUCCAUCAGUUCGGCCAGCUUGAGGGGGAGAAGACGCUCACAUCAUGCCUGUCUCACUUGCAGGAGGAAAAAGACGCGGUGCCCGGGUGAGAAGCCGGCGUGCUCGAGUUGCGCAACGUUCGAGGAAGUCACCGAUGCGUCGGAAAAGUCAUUUUCGGCAACGCCGCCAUCUCGGAGGAACCGGCAGGACUACCCGACCGACAACAGCAAUUCUGUCGUCUUUGACCCAGAUGACAUGGCGACGGGCAUUAAUCUCUACUUCAAGUACUGCCAUCGACAGCCGAUUUGGUGUUUUGAGAGAGACGAAGUCGGCGACUACGACUCUUUGCCAGAAGAGCUCGCCAGCAGUAUCCUAGCCCUGACAUCGCGGUUCUCUGAGCAACGCGAUCACAUGCAGCUCUUUAGCAGUAACGCAAAGACACUCGUCAUGCUUCGAAUCGCCAAUGGCACCGUGGACAUCACGACAAUAGAGAGUUUAUGUCUUCUGUCUUACGCCUCUUUCAUAGACGGCAAUGUGCACCUGGGCCAAUUCCACCUCGGCCUUUCGCUUCAGCUGUGUCGGUCAGCCAUGCUUGAUAUAGAAUCUGUCUAUGCGGUGGAUAAUUCCACAACAGACCGAAAGAAAAGACUUUUCUGGAGCCUCCAGUUGCUGGAACAGUCCUACGGCCGCCAGGAUGGGUUAUUGAGCUUUCCCAAUGACGUGCGCAGGCCUACUCUUCCGUCAAGCGGUAAUCAGUCGGAGCAGGACUCGUGCAAGGCGCCACCACUACCCCGAGAUGAUCUUGGGACCUCUUCCCCUGGCGAGACGGGCAUCUGGAACACGAGUGUCUGCCUGGGAUGGGUUUGGAGCCAGGUCAGGAAAUAUGUCUCGGAUUGCUCACGAAACAUCCUCAAGGAACCAUGGCGGAAUGACUCUACCUACGCCAAAGUCCUCUCAGACUUCAUGGAGACGGAAAACAGGAUACCCAUGUGCCACCGUUAUGACUCUGUCAAGUUCUACGAACGAAAAAUCGACGAACUCAAGGUGAACCGGGACUACUGGGCACCAUGGUUGAAGGAGCAAUUCACUUACCAUGCGAUACCCACAGUCCUGAAUCAUCCGUUUCUCUACAUCGUUGGAGCCCAGCAUAACCCAAACCUCGGUAUCCCAAACACAUUCUGGAGGAGGUCUUCAGAACAAGCACUACUCCACGCCACUUGGAUUGUCCGGAUGAUUGACAUGGUUGUCGACAAGCAGGUACCGCUGGUAGACCCUUUCUUUGGGCAUGUCGCUGCCAUUGCUGCGACGGUUCACCUUUACUACUGCUGCGCGGCGGCGGCGAGGUUAAAGCACAAAUCUAAUACGGACUUUGCUAAGUGCAGGAGAUUCUUAAAGAGCUUCAUCCCCUGUUCCGCAGCCUGUGGUGCAUUGGACCGUAACCUCGACAGGAUGACCCGCAUUGCUGCAGGAACCGAGAAUAUGGACGUAGAAGACUGGAUGCCGUCUAAAAUCUACCUCAGCGUCCCCUUGAUGUGGGAGAUCCUUCAAUUCAACUCUACAACAGACUCUCAGGAAAUCCCAACCGCCGGCCUCCUGGACGCAUCACUCACACCUGCUGUACCACCUGUUGAUACUAGCGACAGCUCAACCCUCGAGAUCAUCGUCGCCACAUCUCCGGAGAUCACCAUCAACAUUGCAGACGGUGGGCAAGAGGCGCCGACGUCGACAUUCAAAAGGACGCACAACGUUUCCUCCAAUCCGGCAAAUUCGACUGCGACAUCAUCAUCGUCGUCGACGUCACGGGCCACAGUGUUUGACCCGCCGACCGUCGAGCAGAUUGAUAGCCUAACCUUCAACACAACACCAUGGUUAUACGCGGACCCCUCGCAGCUCGUGGGCAUUGGGGAUAUGAGUUACCCGCAAUCGGAACCAGGAAAUGCAUGGUGGGAAGGGGAAAACUUCAACAAUAUCAUGUUUAAUCAAUUUUAG